AUGGCUUCAUUCCGUCUACGGCGCGGUCUAGUCAACGCCCCCAACAAGGUGCCCGAGCAACAGCGAUUUUACCAGCGAGCUUACAAACAGCACGUCCGUCUCUGGAGGAUCAGCCCGCGAAGCCCCUACCUACUCGUCCCAUACAACAUUCUUCUCUGGGGCACCGGAGCAGCCACUAUGUACAUGAUGGGACGUAAGAUUCUGGGUUACAACACAUGGUUCGGCAAGUCCUAG